AUGGAAGAAAUAAACAAAGCAAAACACAAUGAAAAAUUGCUUGACUUUUUAGAUCACGUUUCGAUGGGAGACCUGGAACCUGAUUCACUAACAAGUUUUCUUGAUGCCAAUGAGUCGGGAUUUAUCCAGUUUCUCCCUUUAAUUAUAUUUUACAUAACAAGUCAAGAAAGGGGUCAGUACAAAAACAGCCUUUUUAACGAAAUUACUCAGUGCGCUCAGCGGAACGACAGGGUGUUAUUUCGUUUGAUGCUACUUCACAAGAAUGUCAAUUGUUGUUUUUGUUGUUCCGAAGAUUUCAAAAAAUAUUCCGAGAAGCGGGUAAGCAGUUUGGGGUUGAAGACUUCCAAUUCCUUUGAGUGUGGUUUGGUAAGUCUUAUUUCCACUCUUUCUGACAAGUCUCAAAAGGUGGAGGAAAUGACAACCAAGCUGACACAGAUAUUGCUCUGGUUUUCCAGCCUUUAUCUAUCCCCAGACGUCCUGCUCGUUCCACCACUAGAACUUGAUAUUUCAGAUUACUUUUUUGGAAAAGGGAAACUUAUCAAGAUUUGUCCUGUGAAACGGUAUACGUCAACACUCCGCCCAAUUCAGCUCGAGUUUCACUUUUUCGAUGACAAAACGCAAAGUGUACAUAAGUUCAAUUAUCUUUACAAAGAGGGAGAUGACCUUCGAACGGAUACCGCCGCACAACUUUCGUUCACCGUUUUCAACGCGAUUUGGUCGUCGCACACCCUUUUCAAGUCUUCCGAACAUGCUCACAUCUAUCCCAUUGCAGCAACAUAUCAAGUGAUUCCUUUCAAUAAUAGCGGUCUAAUCGAGAUUCGCGGUAAUCCCGACACUUUUGUUAAUUGCGAAACGCACAAGAACUCGACCGCUUGUAUUGACGGGAGAGAACUUGAAAUGCUUUAUGGACUUCAUUGCGAAACGUGCGCAAGUAAAGUCAACAUCUCACUUUGGUCGUUGAGUAAAAAAGAGAAAAUCAUCGAGACACUUGCGGGUGGGUUUGUGGCUUUAAAAUUAACAAAGAGAUUUGUCGGCGGAUAUAUAAUUGGUCUUCGUGAUAGACAUCUUGAGAAUAUGAAAUUUGAGAUUGACAAUGGGACCUUUUUUCAGAUUGAUUUUGGAUAUUUACUCAAUCGCCGCCCACAUUUUGACGCAAAUCGGUUUGCCGUUCCGAAUUGUGUGAGAAACGAACUUAAAAAGUUCACGGUCUCGAUUGGUGAAGAAAUGAAUGGGUGGGAUGCAUUUGUCAAAACGAGUUGUGAGGGCUUUAUCGUUUUGCGUCGAAAAGUUGGAAUGAUUUUGAGAAUAAUAAAUCUUUCGUUUUUGUUUGAUCAAGAGUUCAAUGAGGAAUCUGUCUCUGAUUGUAUUGCAAAAGCCUUUUUGCUUGGGAAAUCAGAAGAAACCGCCGCAAAUUCUCUCAUCGAAAAUCUCCAAUCGUUUUCGGUACAAAAAAUGAUUAAAGAUCGACAACACGAGAUUUUGAGGUGGUGGCGAAAUGCGAAUUAA